GGACGAAGAGGAUGUUAAUGUUGUCGUGAUGUAAACGUCUGUUCCAAGCGAACAAUACAUAUGUUGUUGGUUGAUGUUUUUUUUCUCGAUCAAAUUAGGUGCAUGCUAUCUUAUAUUAAGAAAACAUUAUUUAUUUUUUACUUAUGUAUGCCUCAUUUUCGCAUAUUGCCUUAUAUUUCUCCGUUUUAGGCUUAUUACGUGGGUUUUCUAGACAAAAUGCAGACGAUGUUUUGACAUCGAGGCUUCAUCAAAAAUCAAUAGUGCAACAGCCGGCCAAAGUCGAAUAUUUCUUUCUUGUGUAGUGGCAUUAUUUUCAGAACAUUUAACGUAUAUAUAUCAUUUAAUUUUUUUUUAAGACUCUGAUCGUUGCAAAAUUGAUCGAACUGGAAGUUUGGAGACAAUUUACUAUCACAGAGCGUCGAUGGCUGGAAGACCUAAAGAAGUUGUGAUAAGAAAUCUUCCAUAAUCGAGCAGUAAAUGCAACAAAUUUGGAAUAGUCAUGAUUCACCAGUGUGUAGUUGUAAAUACACUUGGAUCAGCCAUCAUAUUGCGAUCUCGAAGAAGUUCUUAAAUACGGUGAGCAAAACUCCGUGCAAAUAUGGAAGACACACUACAGCAACUAGGAAAAGAAAUCGUUACACCAAAGUUUGGCGCAAUUAAAAACUGCUGUAAUUCAGCACUUGCUAUACUUCAAAAUGAGGAAGCCUUGCAAACUACAGAAGCAUGGAAACUUCGAGAAAUCUGUUUAGAACCACUACAGCUAGCUCUGGAAUCUCGAGCUAAGAAACUGGCCUACCAUGCACUUACAGGCAUUCAACACAUCUUUCGGGAUGAGCGAUUUCACUCCAGCUUGGAGGCUGGCGAAGAGGACAAGUGGCUUCCAAGAUCUUGGACUGAGGACAUUGGAACUUCCAGUACAGGUUAUCUUGAAUAUAUAUAUAGCUUUAGUGAAAGGAGGCAAGACAGAUUAUCACUGAAAGAGGAUAAACAUAUGCAUGUUUUGCAGCUCCUGUUGAACAUGACUUUGACAACAGCCUGGUGCAUGAAUGCACGCAUUGUCACAAAGAUAUCUCAGCUAUAUCUGAGCUGUCACGCAGCCAGUCCUCGAAGCUUUGCAGGCCAGAUGGCUGCCACAUGUCUGAAAGAGAGUCUGGCAGAAUGGUAUGGAUGUCAGACAUGCCAGAUUCAUAGGUCAGACACCAUGAAAAUAUUGAUGGCCAGGCUGGAAAGUUGUAAAGAUGGACCAGCACAGGGCCAAAGGGAAGAUUGCAGUGAUGGCUCUGACAUGAAUAAGAAUGGGGAGGGCAGUGUUAGCCAGGUAUACAUAGAAACCUAUCGUGACAGUUCACAAGGUGUGCGUGCACCUGUUCAGGCUGCAAUGACUCAAAUGUUGACCAACUUUAUGGAAACUCUUAAGGAGAUAGAGAACAACGUGGUGGAUGAUGGGGAUGAUGUGUUGGCAGACUUUAAGUCUACAGCACCAGCUGGCAGCAUGGAAAGUAUUAUGGAAGAAGUGGUGGCACUGCUGCAUUUCCUCUUAGAUAAGAUGGAUGGGACCCAGAGUUCAACACCUGGCAAACAUGUAUUGCUACUGUUACUGGAAGGAGUUCAUGCCAUUUUGAACAAAGUGCCCACUGUCAUCCAACACAAUGCACUUUUUCAAGAGCUUGUAUGGAAGCAUUUAUGUCCUACACUUAUCUCCCUUCUUGGCACACCAAAGAUGGAAAAAUCAGCCUCAGCACAGCGCACAGCACAGUCCAAGGAGGAGAUGGGUCGGGGGUCAGGCUGCUCUACCUCUGCUCCAAACAUCAUGGCUUCUGCUGCCAAGGUCAUCUACAGCAUUGCAUCUGAGCUGGUCCGUCUUGUUGGAACUGUGGGCUCACUGCGACCUGUGCUAGAGUCACUGUUUCAUCGAAUGCUGCUAUAUCCUCCUCCUCAACACAGGCUUGAUGCACUUCGAAUUGUAAAGGAGAUGCUAGGUAACCCUGAACGACUUCUUGAUUUGUGUGCUCCUGCCGCUGAAGCAGGUUUAGUAAAGAUGGCCAUUGCUGAUGUUGGGCUAAUUAAACUGAUCCUGGAUGCUGUGCAGGAGUGCUGCCACUGUAAUGAUUCAGCCAUUUGCUUUACCUCAGUCACCUGUGUUGACAGCUUACUGCAGUCACUGGAGUGUUUGGCACAUGGGCAGGCCAUUUCUGACACAUUGCUGGUGGAAAUUAAGCAUGCCUGCACUGAUUUACAGAAAGCAGGGAGUCUGGGCAAUGGUAAUGACCUUGACAUUUAUGGCGGGUCGAUGAGGGAGGUUCUUCAAAACCCCUAUGUCAGUAAAGAUCCUUCCGUUUCUGACUCACCUCCAGACUCACCUCGGCCAGUGGCAGACUCAGAUGGCAAUUCGGAAGCUAGCAGCAUGGACAUGCCCACUAUGAAGCGAGUGACAGUUCUGCGCAUGUGUGACGUGGAGGGAGCUGAGGUCCAGGCAGAGCAUGCCGCAGCUCCAUUAGAGAAUGCAGACCUGGAAUGUGCAGGUGCUGGCAAUGCUACUCCUCAAACUGACAAUACUGAGAAAGUUUUACUGAGCGAAAAAGAUGCGCUUGAUUUGAAAGAGCUACAGAAUGGGGCCACAGAUGCUGCUAGUGAUUGGGUAAAACCUGAAGAAGACGAAUGUGAGAAUGCAGGAAAGUGGUCUAACAAAGUGGAUGUCAAUACAGCUGUGAAGCACCAGCAGCAGCUGGAUGACCAAGAUGUGAUUAGACAGAAGUAUAAGAUUCUUCGAGAGCGGUUGGAAGGUAUGGAGCAGCAGAAUGCUGCUCAGUUUGUACAACAGCUGCAUGGCAUUACUGCAGACUUAGUCACAAUGCUAUCCAUCACUGAUGUAGAUGAGGCCCUGCAGACCUUUUCUUCUAAUUUCUGUGCCAACUUAUCAAAACAGCAGAGCACAGAAGUUCAUGCUUUUGCAUCAGGAGAAGCCUCUCCUUCAGUUGUUCUCAACGCUGAUGGAGUCUACACAGCAUCAGUGGCUGCACUGCAGCUCUGUUACAAAUUAUCACAAAGGGGUUUCUACAAAGAUAAAGAAUCACACCACAUCUCAGUGACACAGAGACAGUUUGUGGAUGGGGUGCUGAGCUCAGGUCUGCUGCUGUUCCUGUCUCCUACAUGGCUGACAGAGGUUUACAAACAGGUCUUAGAGUCUCCAUUAAUGGAAGUCACCAAUCUAACUACAAUGGACACACCCCUUUUGCAGUUCUUAGAAGACUUAGAUGGCCUUGGAAGCCAUGAGAUAGGAGGACAGUUCUUGUUUGAAUACCGAAGUGAGUUGUACAGCCACUCCAGUGGCAUGACAUCUUCAGAACCUCAGGAAAAAGUUGAUGCAGGCAAGCUGGUGGCACAGUGCAUCCUGCGCACCUGCUGGGAUGGGCUAUUGGAUGUCUUGUCUGUGCUGCUGAAUGGUAAGAGCUCCUGUGGCAUCUCCUUCAGUCUGGGGCUUUUGCUAGGCAUGGAAGGAGCAAAGGAGGAGACACAGCGAGCCCGCGAUGCCAUUUGCCUCAGCCUGAAUGGGCUGCAAACAGCGUCUCGCCUCUCCUGUGUUCUCGGUCUCCAGUCCAAAUGUGGGAGUGCUUUUUCACAGUUGGCCAGCACUUCUUGCGUGCGGGAAGACUUGCGAGCAACAGCAGCUGGACCUGUCGAUGGGAAAGGCAGUUUGAAGGCAGCUGUUCUACGAGAGAAACCCAGACUGGUUCGACUCCAUGCUGCCAAUGUUCUCAGCAUGGAUGUAGUCAUGACAACAGGUUUAGAAGUGGGCAGCCAUGCUUCUGACUGCUGGAGACAUGUAUUCAGGUGCUGUGCCCACAUUUCAGAAUUGGAACACACAUAUUUCAGCCAUGGCAACCAUCAGUCAAGUCUUCCCAAAGUUCAGCAGGAGCAAGCACCUGAUGCUGAGAGUGCAGGAGACACAACCAUACCUGAUGCAGAAACAGUAGAGGGUCCAUUUAUGACUGCAGCAGCUGUGCCUGUGGCACCUCGCAUCAACGUAGCUGAGCUUAUACGACAAAGUAGUCUGGAAUCUGGGUGGGAGACUUCUUUGUUAGGUGGAGGUGUACUGACACCUGCUCAGGCUGCAAAAGCUUUAUGUGGCUUGUCACAGGAAGUGGACAUUUUGUUUGAAGAUGCAGCUUCCAAGCUGAACCUACAGGCUCUCCUGAGCUUUCUGACAGAACUAGGGGAGGCAAGCAGGCAACAGCUGCAGUCUCUGCAGUCGCACACAGAUGCUGGUGAUCCAUCUGACAUCUUGCCUGUGGUGACACAGAGCAGCCAGCAUUGCCAGGGCCCUCAUCUACCGACCAAUGCUCUUCACCUGUAUCGCCUGCAGGAAGUCCUGCUGGCAGUGGUUCAUAGUCCCCGGCCACUCUUGCAUCUCAUGCAAGUGUGGGCAGCCAUCUCACCCUAUUUGGUGGAGGCCACAGGUCACAGGGAUCGUAGUGUCUCCAAAAUGGCAGUAACUUGUAUCCAUGACUUUAUUGUGGCCAUGCUGACUGGUCACCCUGAGCACCCACACUUCCAUGUCAAUGAGUUCCUGUGCAAGACAUUUGAAGACAUGCUGUGCCUAGAGCUCUGUGACAGUGAUGUCCAGGAUCAGAUUGUUUGCUCCAUUUGUGAACUUGUUGAAGCAUGCACAAAAGAGCUACAAUCUGGGUGGCGCCCUCUCUUUGGGGCCUUGCGGAGUGUUCGUAUUGAGAUUACAGCUAAUGAAGAGGUGAAUGAGGCAAGACAGCGACAUGUUGCAGCAGUUCUUGAUGUCUUUGAGGUUUACCUGAACACAGAUAAUUUGCUUGUCUUUGCAAAUGCUACAGUUGACUGCAUUCUCUGUCUGCUGAAGUACGUUAAUGGACCAGGAAUGUUUGAAGAUGAGGAUGGUGAAGACAGCUCUGACUCAGGCAGCGACAUGGGAACCACAGGUGUCAGUUCUGAGAAUCUCUGCCUUCCUGCUCACUAUCUGACACGCUGCAGCCAUAUCCUGGCAUCCAUGUGGAAGAUGCCAGCUUGCCCUGUUUUCAAAGGGGCCUUCAGAAUACAGCUAGGGUCCACACUGGGCCUGGUGGAUCCAGUAAUUCCCCAUAUGAAUAUUGAUCCCAUGCCUUUGGACUCUGCUCUUUCUGUGGAUGCUGUGUUGAAAAACUGUACAGCAAAUGGAGGGGGAUGCAUAGAUGAUGAGAUUCAGAGGCCUGAUGGACCAGUCGACUCACACAGCAUCAAUUCUGUGGACUCUGGCAUGCAUGAUGGAGCCAUUGAAAAUACUGUGUGUCCUCAUGCUGAAGACCUGGAAUCAAAUACCAGAAGUGUUCCAGGCUCCCUCCAGCUGUCUCCUCUCAGCCUAAACAAGCUGGACAAAGGAUCAGGUGUACUGCACGUGUGGUACCUGUUGCUGGAUGGACUAGCCACAGCCAUUACCAGCUGCCCCUGCUCAUUUCAGCCUCAGACACUGACCACCCUGUUUGAACUACUUCACAACACAGCUGAUGUCCCAGGGUCCAGCUUUGCUUUGUACUGCGUCAAUCAUCUUCUGCUGCCCAUGCUUCAGUCCUGGCUCAGGCAUGGUUCUCGUAUCCCUGGUUACUGGGACAAAGGAGCCAUCAACUUCAGGCAGUGUUGUGGUCUUACGACAGAUCUUGUCGUGGAGUUCAUCAGCAAGUUCACAGGGAAGUCUGGUGAGGUCCACAUGCUGGAACUGAUGUUAAAGCAACUGUUUGAUGUGCUGAAUGAGUGCGUGGCUCAGCCAACAGAGGUGAUUUCUCGUCUUGGCUGCUCUUGUAUCAGACAUGUGCUAUUGAGCUCUGGCCCAUUUCUUACGGAGCCUAUGUGGAAUAUCAGUGCUCAGUGUCUUGAGCGUACCUUCACUAUCACAACCUACAGUGUCAGGCAGCUUAUGACACUUUUCCACCCCAACUCAGACAACUUUUAUGGUGAUAUUGGUCAAGUUAAGGUGGCCACACGCAAAGACUGUGUGGCCAUGGACAGCAUCAGGCUCAGGCAGUUAGCACAGCAGGUGUUCUUGCUUGACAGUCAGAUGUGUAGCAUUCCACAGCUGCAAUAUGACCUGGAGGAGGACAAGUCUUUUGUUUUUUUGCUGUAUCCUCCAGAGCAUCAUGACAGUCUUAAUCCAGACCACAUUUCGGCCAGGGUUCCUCUUCGAGAUAUAGUGGUGGGCUUGCUGUCUAAUCAGUUGCUGCUGCAGACACUGGACUGCAUAUUGUUGGAUGGCGUAGGGGAUGUUAAACAGUCUAAGACUACUGCCAAUCGUGUUUCUUUGCCAGGUUUACUGCCAUAUAUGUCUACACGGAGCAUCAUGGCUUUUUUGUCCAUCUUGGAAUCAUCAUACCAGAUAGCCUGUGAAUUUGACAUGCGGCCUGGUUUGAAAUUCUUGCUGCAAAAGGUGAUUGGCCUGGAAGUGGCUGCCAAUUUAUACCGACAAGCUGGUGCCAGCAUGGUGCUGUACCUUCACACCUUGACACACCUGUGCUCUCAUCUGGAUGGUCUCAGCAUGGAGAAGGUUCAGACAGUUUUAGCAGAAAGUCAGACUUCAGACGGAGGUUCUACUAAAUGCACUCUGUCUGCUGUGACGUGCAAUAAAAAGACAGGGGAUUCAAACAAAGCGGCAGUUAAUGCUACAAGAUGCAUCUUGGAAGAUAAGGAAAGUGAGCCUGCCUUCCAGCCCACAAAGGCAAAUGCCAGUGAAAUAGAACCAGGAAGCAAAACAAAAGUGGAACCUACUUCUGUCACACAGGAUGUUACAGCCAAGAAUUUACAAACAUGCCCAGCAGAAGACCCACAGACAACAUGGUGUGUGCCGACACAGACAACAGUCCCAAGGUGGAAGUCUGUUGGUAUGAGCAGCUUCGCUAAGCCAUGGGAUAGUGCAGAUGUCUUUCUACCUCUUUUGCGCCACAAAUGUGAUGAAGUUUGUCAGCAGUAUGUUGACAUUUUGGCAGAGGGCAAUGAUGAGUCCAUUGUGGACAGAAUGGCCAACAGGCCUCUCUUCUUUCUUAUCGCUCAGCCAGAUGACAUUACAGAGCUGACUAAACCCCACAAGAGCAAAAGCAAGGAUGUGAAGACGAGGAAGCCACCGCUGAGAUCAGAGAAACAGGGAAAAGACGAAAUUUUGGAGCCAGCUACUGUGAUCACGCCAGCAGAAACCCAGCUAGUUGGGCAGAAUGGCACUGAACUAGAAAAUCACUCAUCAAGCGAAGAUGAUGAAAAACAUGAAAAGACAAGUGAGGAUAUCACAGAGAAAAUUGAUGAUGAAGAUGCCAAAAGGCUGUGCAGUAAGCGACAGCUACGAGCAGAACGAGAGAGCAAGGUGUACUCUGUAGCCACAGAAAAGGUCAUUCAGAAUCUGAUUGGCCAGUAUAAACGACACAAACAGCAAAAUGCCAUGCCUAGUUCCUUCAUCAAAUUUGCCAGGCGACAUCCAUCAGCUGCCAGCAGGGUGCCACGUCGAGAACCAGUUGAUGAUGCCAUAGACAAACAGCAAAAGAGUUCCAUCAUGAAGGACAGUGAAGCACGUCGACGGUCUUGGUCAGAGAUGCUGGUGAUGGUACUGCAGCUCUUUCUGCAUCUGCCUGAUCCUCGCUUUCAUCCUCUCCUACCAGCAGUUUUCUUUUGUGUCAACCAGCUUAUUGCCAUGCCCAAGAACCUAGCCUCCGUGAUGUCCUGGCUCAGUGGUUCCAGCGCCUUGGUCAGCUGUAUAACUUUGGUCCCAAGACCCAGAGUCCCUUAACACCACCUGUUCCUCAGCCACACUGAACAUAAACAAAAGGCUGAGUUUCCCAGAGACCCAAAACAUAGUGAGGACUGUUACCUCAUUGGUCCCAUUAUUUUUCUUGUUUAAACUUUCUGAUAUUUUUGGUUGUUAUUAUUGUCUGAGAGCUACCUGGUGCAUGUUACCAAUGUUUUUUUGUGGGUUGCAUCAUCAUUGAAUGGUGUUAGAUUACUGAGGUACUUUUGUCUUGAGAGAAGACAUGGGUUGUUCAAAGCUAUGAAGAGUAAUGUGAGAGGUCGAAAUCUAAGUAUUGUGCAGUUUCCUUUCCCCAUUUCAACUUUCACAGUUAUACCUGUCAGUGUCCUAUCUGUCCUCGUUUCUCCACAUACCCAAUCACACACUUCCAUGUUCAUGUAUCCUUUCAAUCCUUCUUACCAUAGCCUGUCAGUACUCAUCUAAUCAAAUCCUAAUUUGUUUGCAUUAAAUCUUUUUCUUUCUCUCAAGGAACUGAUUGGGAUGCUUUACUUUUAAGAUUUUUCUCAUAUUUGCAUCUAGACUAAGAAAGUCACCAAUUCUUUUAUUGUAGUUGAUGAGGUAAAUGAUUAGUUUUAUUUUUAAGAUAAGUUAUUUUAUACACCUUCUGUGUUCUGAGUAUUUACAUUUGUUGAACAUUUCUAUCUACAUGUUUUUGAGAUUUUUAUGUAGUCCUCAUUUUAUUCAAAGGUCUUUAAUGGUCUAGCCAUAAAGGGAACUUUUUUCCAAGUUUAUUACCAUUUAAUGCUGUGAUGUUUUGUUUAUGCCUUUUCCACAUUCCAUUCCUUGCCAAAGACAUUCCCUAUUUUUACUGCCAUUUAUUUGUGUAUCUAUAAAUCAGAAACACUAUGCUAUUUAUUUGCAACAGAUGAUUAUGCUUCUGAAAACUGUGAUAAGUUUCUCUGUUUGCACUACAUACAAUGCAGCAGCAGAACAGAGAGUACUGUAAAUCAAAGCAUAAUCUUAACAAACCAGAAUAAAAGCUACUAUCAAUCGUAACUUAAUUAUUACAAAUUAGAAUGAAACCAAUCGUAAAAAAUUUAUCAAAACUGCACUGAUGCCGCAUAGCCUGCAUUUUUCCUUCACCUGAUAUACUCAGGGAUGAGUUUUGCUGGCUGCUCACCAUGAAAUUCCAUGCUCACUGUCCAGAUAUUAUCACACCAGAAGCAACUCAGAGAACAGAAUUGAAGGUUUGGGAUAAACUUGUAUUAGAGGCACUUCCAGCAGAAUCAGUUUUUCAAAGGUUUUAUAGGAUGUAUAGCAAGUAAUGUAAAGACGCGAUUUUCAUGGUGUUCUAAAAUAAAACAGGUUAUGGAGAGGAAGGAGACCUUCUGUCACCAGCAGCCCCUCUCCCUCAAAAAACCUUGACUCCAUUCUGGGCAAGGUCAGAGAAACGAUUUUCCAGUAUAAGGUGGCUGGAGUAUCUAUGCCCGUUUAUUCAGUGUCUGGCUGAGCUGAUCAGUUAUGGUUAAGUCUUAAUAACAUUACACAGCAGAAUGCGGAAGACUAGUUUCCUUUCUUGUUAAUUUAUUCUCCUCCCCUCCCCUCUCCUCCCCUCCCUCUCUCUCCAAGUUCCGAUCUGCCUCAGGUACACACAGCUCUUUAUUUUUCUGUGGUGAGAUCCUAUUUGUAGCCCUUUCUCAUAUUGGUUAACGUUUUUUUUACACAGUAACAUUUUACAGUCUUAAUAUCUACUACUGUAUUAAUAUUAAAAUAAACUCAUUUUUUGCGUUCAAGAAUUGUAACACAUAUUGUCAAAAUCUCGUACUUUUUGUUGUUGUUUUUCAAUAGUCUGCAGGUGCUGUCUGCUGACAGUGUUGCCACCAUAGGUUAUAUGGGUGUAGUGGGUCACAGGGCAUACACACUGGCACAGACAGCUGAAAAUUGUUAAUAUUGAGAGAAUCUUCAUAUUUUUCCUGUUAACGAUACAAGUGUGUUUUGUGUAAUUCAGACGACGUGGUCGGCUUUUUCACAUGUAAAGCGGACAUUUCCUUUUGACCAGUUUUUUUUUUGUUUUUUUGUCAUGUCAUGUUUUUGUCAUGUUUUUGACUA